AUGCGGGUAGUCCCGCACGGGUUUUUAACGGACUUUGAAGAUAUCCUGGCUACGAUUUACUUCUUGCUGGAGAAGAAUCCACAGGCGCAGUUCUGGACCACUUACCAAGUGCGAAGCGCCGACUGGUCUAUCGAAGCUUUGCUCUGCAAAUGGAAACUGGAGAGCGUCCGCGUUCCCUUACACUCGUUCGGUGCAGACAAAGAGCACUUGGCCGGCUCUUCUCUGCCAGGAAGACACACAAUUGAAAUGAUGAUCAUCUCACUAGCAAAAUCAGAUGGUACGUAA